CCCCAACCCCAACCAACCCACUCCCUCCAUUGGGAGCCAGAAGGGAUUCCUGUUGGGAAUACAAGCCCAGCAUCAGCAGACAGCUGGAGGGAUUGACCCUGCAAGGAAGAAGAAGGAGAAGAUCACUCCCACUGCCUCCACCACCACCAACCACCCCCGGGUCCUCAUCCAGUGUCAGCCGUCAGUGACCUGCAGCCAGAGCUGGUUGGGAUGGAAACGUCUUAAAAGUCAGCCGUGCAAAAGAAAAAGGAGAAGGAUCAUUUAAAUUCAGGAGAGGGACUGCUCGGCGUGCAUUUGUCACAUCCCACGUGAAAUAAGUGCUUCGGAUCCAAGUGCUUUCUGGUUAGAAGGUGUGUUUCCUUCUGUCUGGCCCCGGAUCAAAAUCAAUGCUGAGAAAUCUAAUAUAAGGACAGGUUGGUUCGCCACCUGCUGAGCAGAUCGUGUUUGUGUGUCUGCAUGUGUGUGUGGUCUUUGUACUAGUCCGUGUAUCGGUGGUGGGAUUGGAUUAAUACAACGAAGAUAUUUCAAGGUGGGAGCAGUCAAAUCUGAUCCUUUGGCUGAAGUAACAUAGAAACUGUUGAGAAAUUGUUCGCAGCCUUCAAGUCUUUGUCAAUGAUGUGUGACCACAAUAUGAUGAAACACACGCAGAUCAUUGUCUGCUGAUUCUUGCAGGAACGCGGCACUUAAUAUUGUGUCUGGAAAUCUGAACAGCACAUUGUCUGGCUGUUUUCCCAGUGAAGAUGGCAAGUGUACAAGGAGCUUUGAGAGUGAUGGAUGGAAUAACCUUGGGUGAAGUAAUGGUGAAAAAAGAGCCCCUUUGUGAUGCAGUAGGAGAGAGAAGCAACACAGGAAAGGAAUUGAAUGGUAGAAUUACAAAUGUGCCCAAAGCCCACGGGGUAAAGCAGGAAUAUGGACAAGCCCCGGGAGAGGAGGAGACAACAUGUACAGAUAUGAUUAUGUCUAAAGCGUGCCUGCUGUCUGGAGUCCGUCCAUUGGAUCUUAACCCAGCCCUGAAACACACGUUGGCACAGUUCCAUUUGAGCAGUCAGAGCUCUCUUGGUGGCCCAGCAGCAUUUUCAGCACGUUGUUCCCAAGAAUGUAUGUCACCAGGAGUGCUUGUCCCCAUGAGAUCACCCCCUGCACUGCCAGGCCCACUGCUUAUACCCUCGGACAGUUCAACUGAACUCACGCACACCUUACUGGAGAGGGAGACUAUUUCGUGCUUCGUGGUCGGUGGAGAGAAGAGACUAUGUUUGCCACAGGUCUUAAAUUCAGUGCUUCGAGACUUCUCUCUACAACAGAUCAACGCUGUCUGUGAUGAAUUGUACAUUUAUUGCUCAAGGUGUUCAGCAGAACAACUACAGAUUCUCAAGGUCCUGGGUAUCUUGCCUUUUAAUGCUCCAUCAUGUGGACUUAUAACCCAGACUGAUGCUCAGAGGUUAUGUAAUGCCCUUGUUCAUCCUGGUAUCCUCCCCCCUGAAGCCAACAGACUCCCGGGAAAAGCGUGCCUUUCCCAGCUACAGAAUGGUUCCAGCUUUGAGGUGGAGCAUUGGUGUCUUGGGAAAUGCCAAGGUUUAUUUGUGCCACAUUUUUACAAUCACCCCGAUGCUGCCUGUAUUCAGUGUCUGGACUGCCACAUGAUGUUUUCUCCCCAGAAGUUUGUGUUGCAUUCGCACAGGUUGCCAGAUAAGAGAACCUGCCACUGGGGCUUUGAUUCCGCCAAAUGGCGCUGCUAUGUGCAGCUGAGCCGUAAAUAUGCAGAAACAGCUGAUGAAACAUUUUUUAAACAAUAUCUUGAAGAAAUGAAAGAGCGUUUCAACUUCAGUAACCAGCGAAAAAGGACGCUUGUGAAGCAGUCUGUCUCGGAAGAACAUCAACCGAAGAAGGCACAGUUAGAGCAUGCCGGUUCUCCAGAUGAAGUGUCUGAGAAAAGCUUUGACAGAAAGAGUGAUUCUCAGCGCACCCUGACGUUCCAGCACUGGUAUCCGGUCAUCAAACAAGAAGUCGAUCAUCUGACUCAGCCACAUCCUUCAGUGAUCCAUCCAAGAGAUGCCACCAAGUCGGUGAAUAAAGAAUCCGUGAUGGACACGUCAACAAGUUUGGAAGAGGAGGUGAAACAUCAGAAGGAAAAUGUGAAUAAGAAGCUGAAUUCCUAUUAUGCAUCAUCUCCAGAGGAGGAAGGAAGCAACACUUCACUUGCAGAUUCUUACAGUUCAUGUCACCAAGCUUCAGAGUCUUCCAUUGCAGAUGAAGAGUACAUCAAAUCUGAAAGUUUCAGCAACAAAAAUAAGGAGGGGAUUCUCAUGGACCUAAAUUGCAAUUCAUCAAGUAUUGAUAAAGAGACUCGUAAUUCUUCUCUGCACAUCGGAAUGAGCACAGAAGAGGAGAAUGAAAAAAUAGUGGAACAAAUCAUGAAAACGUACUGUAAACAGCAGGAGAAGUUGAAUACCACUGUUCACCAGAAGAAGCAUUUGCAAAUGGAAGUGGAAUUAUUGCAAGUGACAAAGAGGAUGAAACUCAAAGAAUUGACUGAGGAGAAGCUCGGGCUGCAGCAAGAGCUGGAUUCUCUGCAGUCUGACCAUGCACAGAGAAUGAGUGCAGCUCACGAUGAACAGGCAGACUUAGAAUGGCGGCUGGAGCAGCUGAAGCAAGGCUGUUUGUGUGAUCGUACUACAGAAAAGAGCCAAGAGGCUGAGUACACUGCACAGUUAGCCGAGUUGAGACAAAGGCUGGACCGAGCAGAAGCAGAUCGCCGAGAACUUCAAGAAGAGCUGAGAUGUGAGCGUGAAGCACGAGAGAAACUGGAAGCUAUGGUAAAGGAACUGAAACUUCAGAUCUUAGAAACUUCCAGAAAUAAAGCUGGCACUGAGGUGAACUCUGUAGCAGACUGAUGAGAACAAAAUCUCCUCUGAGGCACCAGCAAUUUUAUGUGAAGUAAUUUUUUAGAAUUACUUACAAAAGAGAUUGGUGAAUUCAAGUCUUAAAUCUACACUGAAAGGAAUCUGUGCAACUGAAUAACAAUUGUUUUGGAGAGACUGGAGUUAAUUGUAAUUCAGUUUAGAGCAAAAAUCUAGAAAGCAAAGUUCAAACUAAUUGAGUUUUGUAUAUAUAUAUAUAUAAUGCACACGUUCUAUAUCUACACAAUAAAAUGGCUAAGCAUGGGAGAUAUGUUAUUUGAUAACUUUUGAAAAUUUAUAUGCAUGUAGAGCCAGUUAAACAUCAGAACUUGUUCUCUGUGCUCUUUCCCAUUGCCUUUAUAAAUGGCUUUUGUUAAAAUCACCAAUUGCAUCGGUCCCAGUGCUUUGUUCGUUGCCGAAUCCUGUUGACUUCAUAUUUGCACAAUAUGCAGGAAACUUGUUUUGUAAUUUAUUGCAGUUCGGUUGUUCAGAAAACUUCAAACUUUAUUCUCUGGAUUUGCAUGUGUUCCUUAUUGCUGCUCCUACCCCUCAGUUCCUCUGCAUCGAUCGCUCCAAUAUACAGGGCAAGCCGGGGGGCGGGGAGGGGAAGGUUUAACUUUGGAUGGUCCAAAGGGAUGUGAUUUGCAAACAAAGAGAUUACAAAGGCCUUGGAGUUCUCUUUUCAAAAGGCAUAUGUGAUCCCUAAAUUAUUACAUCCAAUUCGAUUUAUCCAGAAAGUGUGAAAUAUAUAAACUGUAGCAGGCAUGGCUAUGGUUUUGCAUAGUUUCCUCUUAAAAAAUAGUUCAUUUAAUAUGAACAAGCUUUUUUUUUUCUACAGGUUCUUUCCUUAUUUCCCUACGCUUUCUUGAGUGGACUGCACUGGUUCCUGAGGCACUGUUGCCUGAGGAUACCAUUUCCUUUGCAACUUGCUGGAUGGGAGCCAUGCCAUUGAGUGCUAUUAGACUCUUUAAACCAUUCACACUUGAGCCUGGUUGUGUGCUCUCGAGAUCCACAAAUGUCUCUUGCAACUGAAGGGCCAUUGGGCAUUAAUCAGAAGUAGAUCCUUGACUGGUUUGCCCCCUUGUAAACUGGGGGAGGUAAGGCUAAUUGCAGACCCUUUGAGGCAGUUGAAAUUAGCCAACGCAACAUCAGUUUCGCACCUUGGUCUAUACGACAGGGAGUGUGUUGUCUGUAACAAAUCACUUUAAUUGAUUUUACAGUGACCAAUGACAAACGUUUGAUCACUUCUCUAAAAUAAUAGCUGAAACUGAAAGAAAAGAAUAAAUGGACAUUUGGAAACCAAAAUACUCAACGAUAUUGGUGUUAAUGCAGCUGUUGAAUCUACUGGUACACUGGCUUUUCACUGCAGAUACAACUUGUAUGCUUAAAUAUAUAUAAUACACAUGGACAAAGGGAUUAUUUUAUUGUCAACUUGCUUUAAAAUUAUUGAUCUGAGCAUUACCUCUUUUCUGCUGCUAUAGUGACACAAAUUUAGAUUGCACCAUUCAGAUUCAAUAUUGCGUGACAUUACCACGUGGAUGCUGGUGUGAUAAGUAACUAACCAUUUUAUUGUUUUAACUCCUAUUCAGAAUUCAUUGUUUUAAAACUUAAUGCCUUGUUGUCCCUUCCACACCAGUUAAGGUAUCAAUCAGUGGAGGUUUGGCAGUCUUGAUUUUCAUGGUGACAGAGACGGAGGACUGCUAUUUGAAUGAGUUUCCUAUUGGCUUGAUCUAUUGUUUCAUGUUUUACUUCACGGUUUCUGUACUUUGAUCCAAGGCACAUGAAGGGAUAUGAAAAUUUGUAUCACUUGGCAAAUAUUUAUAUGACUAUAGUUCAGAUAGAUUCUUUGCCAUUAAAAGAACUUGACUUUUUGUAUAUAAAAGGUUCCUCUUGGCAUAAAUUUACCUAACACCAGCAUUUAAAGGACAGUACUAUCUGUUAGUAAGGGUGCUCUUAACUGCUAAAGUUACUGUUGCAUUCUUUUCCUGUGUAACGGUGACUUGUGGGUUGAAUUUAAAAGUACCACAACUUCAAAAAUACAGAUAGACGAUUAAAUCAACAAAAUAAUGUGAAAACAAAUGAUUUGUUUGUGAGACACAAAUUUUGAAUCUGAUUAUUCAGCUAACAAAAUUAACUCAUUAUCUUAAAAGUUAACACUGGAGUUAAAUUGAACACCACAGUUAUAGGAUUCUUUGCUUUUCCAUUUACUUUGUGGAAAAAGUAGUAUGGAGAUAUAAUAUUCCUUGUUCAUCAGUGAAAACUUCUAACAUUUUACAUGACUUUGUUGUAAGAUUCGGCAGGAAGCACAGUGACUGUUGCAGGACGGUACCGUGAAAGCACAAAUACAAACUUUUUGAUGUCUUUAAUCUUGUUUUCUCUGCGUGAAGCUAAUUUAAUUCUUCUGUUAUAAUCAGCACUGCUUGGCAGCAAGGAAAUCAAAAGGAGGAGAUAACGUUUAAAUCACGGUGGUCGUAGAUUUGAUUCCUUUUUUCUGAUUUUAGCCAAUAAACAUGGGACAACAUAAAACAUAGAACAGUAUAGCACUGGAAAGGCCAUUCAGCCCAUGAUAUUGUGCUGAUCUUGAAGCCAAUUUAUACUAAAUGUCUUCUUCCUGUGUAUCAUCCAUAUCCCUCCAUUCCCUUCAUGUUCAUGUGUCUAUCUAAAAGCUUCUUAAACUCCACCAAACUGCCUGCUUCGACUACUACCCCUGCUAACCCAUUCCAGGCAUCCACCAUUCUCUGCAUAAUAAAAAUUGCCCCUCAUGUCACCUUUUAAACUUUCCCCCCUCUAACCUUAAAAGCGUAUCCUCUGGUAUUUGACAUUUCUAUCCUGGGGAAAAUAUUCUGACUGUCUACCUUAUCUAUAUCUCUCAUAAUUUUAAAAACCUCCAUCAGGUCUCAGCCUCCAAAGCUCUAGGGAGAACAACCCACAUUUGUCCAACCUCUCCUUAUAGCUCAGAGCUCACACCCUCUAAUCUAGGCAGGAUCGGGGUAAAUCUCUUCUGCACCCUUUCCACAGUCUCCACAUCUUUCCGAUAAUGGGGCGACCAGAAUUGCACACGGUACUCCACGUGUGGCCUGAUUUAAAGUUUUAUACAGCAAUUGCUAUUAAGAUUUUCUGUAGCAGGAAAAGAAAAGAAGUGUUAGAAUCUUUAUACAUCCCUUUUUGCUUGGAAAUAUGGAAAGACGACAGGUUUAGAUUGAAUUGUGAUACCUCCACAUUUGAACAAUUUACUGAAACUUUAUGCACGUAUAAAAAAAAAUUAAAGCUAGCUAGUUAGUAUUGAAGAUAUCACUAGCAUCAGUAGAACACAAAGUGACAUUUGUAGAGCUGAGAAAUUUGGACCUACGUGACAGUAUCAUUACCUGCCUUUAUAGCACAUUCCUGCUUAAGCAGCUUUAGUUUGUUUCAAGUUCCUUGCAGUCUGCAGUAAUUAGUUCAUCCAAUUUCAAACCGGCAAGAAUAGAGUUCUUUUGAGUAAGAACAUUAAUCCAAAAGAGUUUGCAAACAAGAGCAUUGUGUUUUCAGCUAAAUCCAAGUGCGCUUUUAUUUUUGGAACUAGGGUGUGAAUGGGAUUGUUAGUUUUACACUGCUCAAAGUAGACUUCAAUGAAGGGUUUGAAUCAUUUUGUGUUUCAGUGGGUCCAUUAGAUUUUUAUCAGGUGAUAAAUGAGCCUUCACUCAUUUCUCUGCCUUCCUGCAUUAGGACAGUUAUGUUGGAAUAAGUAAAACAUUCUUGUCCCAUAUGAAUGUAAUUGAACACAAACUACAUUGCCAGAAAUGCCUUUCAUAAUCAGUACUACAGAUCGUAGGCAAUUCAAACAAGAAGCUGGAGGAACUCAGCAGGUCAGGUAGCAUCUCUGCAGAUACUACCUGACCUGAUGAGUUCCCCCAGGUUUGUUGCUUUGGAUUCCAGCAUCUGCAGUCUCUUGUGUCUCCAUUAUAGGAGAUUGGCUGUAGAAAAUUCAUAAAUGCAUUUAUAAAGAUUCAGCAUCAUCCAGUACUCUGAAAAUGUGGCCCCUUGGGAAAUGAGCAACGGUGAAAUUCAAGGCCAAAGCAUCUAAAGUGCCAAGUAUAUAAAUUAAUUUGCCAGAUUCAUUGAAAAUAUAAUUACAUUUUUAUAUCAUUCAAAAUGUUCACUUGUUUGAAAAAUAUUUCCUAUCACUAUCAUUGUGUAAGUUCAGACCUGGUCGGUAAAGCAAGCAGUGUGUUGUUUUGUUUUCCACUUCCAGUCCACUACAGAAGGUCAGGUUAUCAAAUAAUUUGAUUUUUGGUGGAGGGGCAAAAAGACACUAAGGUCUCUCCUUUUAUAUGUCAGGCUUCACAUUACUUGGAGAAAAGAUAAACCCUUGCCUUGUGUUGUAAGGCUGGCUCAAAAUGAAGUGGUUUUGGUUGCAUUAAUGAACAAGUUUUUGACAUUUCUCGUUGCCUAAAUCCAAUUUCUGCAUGAGUAUUAAUGAGUAUUACUUGUACCCAGUUAAUAGAAUUGGGGAGUAAUCUGUUCUGAGAGGCAUAGACUUGAGGGCUGAAUGGCCUAUAUUAUGAGGCAGUGUAUGCUUUUCUUUUACAAUAAAUGUACAAUGAACAAGGGAUUGGAGAGCCUGCUGGUAAGAUGCACAACUUAAUCUUGCAGAAGAUGUAUUAAGUUUUGUUGCAUCUGUCCGAAGCAAUUUGUAAAGUCAAAUGAGUUGAUGCCCUGCAGUAGUUUUUUUUCUGUAUCUGAUCAUUUAACCAGUAAUUGUCCAGUCACAUGUUGUGCUGAAAUAGUAACCCUGUUUACUCUUGGCUUAGUUAUAUCAAACACUUUGGACACAUUUACAAACAAGUGUUUGUGAUUCAAUGUGGUCACUUCAUAUGUGAAGAUUUCUUUACAGGUGAGAAAAACUGUGGAAAGGAAAAGAUCACUUCUCUGGCAGCCUAAAAUGCCCUUUAACACAUUCAGUUAGAUUCUAAACGCUAAAUGUUUCCAAACAUUUAUCAGUUUUUUUUGAGGAAAAGAAAAUCCCAGCACUUAUUUUAAUUUUCAUUCAGCAGCUUGCUUUAAUAUUAUUGACUUUAGCAUCUCCCCACCUGACUUACUAUAUUGAAAUUGUCUGAAGUUGUUUACCUGCAACAUUAAUAUGAUACCAUUGGACCUUGUAAUAACGUGAGUCUAUUUGUUGGAUACAUGAUUAAUAGUAAUUACUAAUUUUAAUGAGUAUUUGGCUUUAGCUGUGCCAAAAUUCAUAGCAAUUUACCUACAAUUAAUAUGUAAUAUUAGAAUGUACUUAUAUGCUUGCAUGCUCAGAUUGCUUUGAAAUUUAAGAUAUCUUUAUUAGUCACAUGUACAUCGAAACACACAGUGAAAUGCAUCUUUUGCGUGGAGUGUUCUGGGGGCAGCCCGCAAGUGACGCUACGCUUCUGGCGCCAACGUAACAUGCCCACAACUUCCUAACCCAUACGUCUUUGGAAUGUUGGAGGAAACCCACGCAGACAUGGUCUUUCCUCAUGGUGUUACCAUGUAUACAGUGUUAAUAUUUUAGCUAAUCCUUUGAUCCUUUCAUUCAUUUUGUUCUUUUUUUGACUACAUUCCUUUCUUUUACUUGUGUGUCACUUUUUUUAAUAUUAGCUUUAUUAUAUUCAUUUAAGAAGUGUUUUGCUGCUAUAUUGGAACUGAUAAGUACUCAUGUAGGAUAAUUGAGUAGCAAGAUUUUAGGGAAAUGAUUUAAUUUCUCAGAUAUAGUUUAUAGAUGAGGUACACAACAUACUUCCUUUAUUUAGAUAGAUUAACCUGUAUAGCUUUAAAUUCUGUUGCGAACAGUUCAGUUAUGAUGGAGAUAACAUUAUGCAUCUAUUCAAAAAUCAAAAACGACAGAUGCCGUAAAUCUGAAAUAAAUCUGGAAUCACUCACCAGAUCAGCAGCAUCUGUGGAGAGAGCAGCAAAGUUAACUUUUCAGUCAAUAACCUUACUGAGAACUGUUCUACUAAUGGUGAACUACUUGAAAUGUUUAACCCUCUUUCUCUCUUCACAGUUGUUGUCCUACUGCUAUAGUAGUUUGUUUUUAUUUGUGAGCCUUUUGUGUGGUUUUAUACAUAACUUUGUAAUACUGUAUUUGCUGUACUGUUUGGCUUAAUUUUGAACCAAUUUUCUACAACACGAGCUACUAAGUGCUGUGACAUUUUGUGUGAAUGAGAAUUGUUUUAGUUGUGCUGAAAUGAUAAUACAGUGCAUAUUUGUACAAAUCUGAAUCUUAUGUCUUUUUGAUUAAACAAAAAAAAAUGGCCUAAGUCAGUAGCCAGGGCUAUAGAAUACUGUUCUUGAGAGAUGUCUGAAUUGAGUGAAUAGUUUGGUAAAUGCUCUGUCACCUUGCUGCAUUAAAAGGUAAAUGGCAAAUGUGAAUCUUGGAGUUAAUGGCAUUGGAAAGCUAUCAGUGUUAUACACAAGUUUUGCCCCAAAAUAAAACAAUGCAUUGUCUUAUUUACCUUUGCAUGCCCAUGGGGUUUGAGAUACAAAAGUGUUGGGAGGGUAAUGUGUUAAAGUCUUGCUUAUUUCAUAAACUAUGCUGGUGUACAUUUUGUGUAGUUUCCAUGUUUUUAAAAAGGCUACAGUAAAUAGUGUCUGGAUUUAUCUGAAAUGUGACUACCAACAACUCAAAUCAUGGUUCCAUUUUGACCUGCAAGUAAUAAUGAUUUAUGUAACAAUUUCUUUGAGGUAUAUUGAUAUCAAACUUGACUAUAAUGAUCCAAACAUUGUAUGUUUCUUUAAAGUGGUUUGGGGGUGGUGGGCACCAGGGUUGUUGUUGGUUGUCAGGUAAUGCAUCUGCAGUGUUUGGCCAGUGACAGCUCAGCUCCCGUGUACGUUAUCCAAGGACACUGGACAUGAGCCACACAACUAAGAACAUUUGAUGCGCAUUUUGUGCAAAAGAUAUACUGUACAUGGUGUGGUAUCUACACAGUGCAAUAAUGCUUCCAAUAACCCACUGCUUAACUGGGUAGGGUGUUUCCCCUUGCCCAAUUAAACCUUUGAAUACUAGUAUAGUGUUGAUACAGCAUAAACAUUAAAAUCCAUAUAAAGAGGUUCAAAAGAUACAAUACUGUGAAAUAAAGAGUAAUUCUAUGUUUCCAUUCCAGUUGUUGUAUUUUGUAAUUCUUUUAUGAGAUUUACACAAUUUCUACAAAUGCUAUGUAGUUAUUAUGCAAUAUUUCAAAAUGUUGCUUAUACUUAAACUUGUAUAUAAAGGGAUAUGGUUCAAAUAAUGCAAAGUCAGGAAUUGGAGCUGGAAAAAGCCUUGUUUUGAAUCAGGUACUUCGUUAUUAGAUUGUGUACAUAUGUAUAUUUUGACCACACAUAUCUGGAAAGCUGAAGAAAAAGGUAUUUUGUUCUCAGUGAGUUGAACAGAGUAGCAAUCUUAAUUUAAGAUGGAUGGUCUGUCCCAUUAUCAACAUACACUUGACCACGUACAAUGCCACUACCACCUUAACCCAAAGAGGCAUCCGGUUGAAGAAGUAGUCUUGUGAUUGCCCGCAACUACGUUAUUACAUGGACAUUUUCCCAAUAUUUACCUCAAAAUCAAGGGAGAUUUUCUAUUGUCUUGUCAAUAUAACUGCAGUGGUAAUCAUAAAAUAUUUACAGAUGUACAAUACCUAGCUAUUGUAAUGUAAGAUGUUUGUUGUAUUUAUUUUCCUGAAUCUUGUAUAAGCAGCACACUGAACCAAAAUUGUGAUCAUUGAAGCUGUGCAUGUAACCAGUAGUUUACAUUUUUGUACAUUGCUUAUCUUUGUAUGAUUCCGUAUUUAAACUAUGAUCAACAAAAAAAAUCUUAAACCAAAACAAUUUCAGAUAAAGCUGCAUGCACAGUUUGUUCUGAAAUAUAAAUGAUUAAAACUAUCAGAGAAUA